AUGGACAUGUACACACAAGGGAACGUGUUUGCCGAUGGCAUGCGUGAAGGGCAGACUCGCCUUUCGCUGGAACGCGCGGAGCCUUCCACGUUGAAGGAGGCUUUUGCUAUCGCCCUCCGUGAGGACUUAAGAGUCACCAAGGCCUACACCAAGCCUUCAGUUGUUAUCGCUGUCAGAUCAGCGGGCCCGGAACCUAUGGAUAUUGAUGCGAUUGAGUCGUCAAGUGACCGACGAAGUGUUACGUCCUACAUGAGCGAAGUCCGUAGCGGACGUCAGAUGACUGCUUUCGAUGUCGAAAGUCGAGACAUCGCGUGGCAGAAUGCCUCGCGCCAGCACUUAUGUUGGCGCAUUCGAAGGACACCCAUCACAAGGGAGGUGCUCCGCCCUCUGGGUUUUAAAACGGACGAUACCAGUAGGGGCAGGGCGCCCUUCUGA